AUGGUUGUGGCGGGGACACUAGUAACAACAAUCACAGCGUUGGUUUUGGUCUCGUCAACGUCGGGCGAACCGUCAUUUCGAAUAGACUACAAGAACAACCGCUUUCUAAAAGACGGAAAACCCUUUCGCUUUGUUUCGGGUGCCCUUCACUACUUCCGAGUACCGCAAGCUUCCUGGAGAGACAGACUGAUCAAGAUGAAGAUGGCCGGACUCAACGCCGUGGACGUGUACGUAGAAUGGAGCGGCCACGAACCCGAGCCCGGUCGGUAUCUCUUCCACAACGAAUACGACCUUGAACUCUUCCUUGAAUUUGUGCAAGACCUGGAUCUUCUCGUUCUCUUCCGUCCUGGCCCUUACAUCUGCGCAGAGAGGGACAACGGUGGUCUGCCCUACUGGCUACUCAGAAAGAAUGCGAGCAUGGUGUACAGAACUUCAGACCCAUCGUUCAUGGCAGAGGUGACGAGAUGGUUCGACCGUCUGCUUCCCCUGAUGAAGCCGUACCUUUACGAAUAUGGAGGACCGAUCAUCUUGGUUCAGGUGGAAAACGAGUACGGUGCCUACUUUGCCUGUGACAAGAAGUAUAUGAGAGACCUCGCGUCCCUUCUUCGGAGGCACCUAGGACACAGCGUGCCCCUGUUCCUUUCUAACCAAGGUGACGAGUCGCACUUUAGGUGCGACAGGGUUAGUGGUAUCCUACCCACGGUGAACAUGAACGCUCAUGUCCCGGUCUGGAAGGCCCAAGAGGUCUUGAGCAGAGUUUAUCCUAGGAGAAGAGGACCUCUUGUCAUCGCCGAGUACUACACCGGUUGGAUGGAUUAUUGGGGUGGCCGUCACGUAUCUGUUAAUGACAAGAGAAAUGUCAGAACAUUCAAGUCAUUGAUGAACGCUGGAGCUUCGGUGAAUUUCUAUAUGUUUCACGGUGGCACCAAUUUCGGUUUUACUAGCGGAAGCUCCCCACCUUGGGUGACCACUAGCUACGACUACGCCGCUCCCUUGUCGGAGGCGGGAGAUCCAACGCCAUUGUACUUCAUGCUGCGAAAUGCGACCGCAAAGUACCUCCCUCUACCGCCAGGGGAUGUACCGGUUGCCACGCCUAAGUUGAAUAUCGGUAGAUUGUUUCUGUACUGGAGCAUAUCACUUGUGGAUGUGUUGAAGCACUUUGCAGCAGAAGGCACCCUAAAGAACGCUACUUCCCGUCACCCGAUGACCUUUGAGGAAUUUGGACAAGCGCACGGUUACGUGGUGUACAUGACGAGAAUCCAAGGCAUGUCCAAGUCUCCAGCUAUACUGGAAAUCAGGGGAAUGAAGGACCGGGGAUAUGUCUCUACGGGGAGAGAAUAUUCUCUCUUGGGUGAAGGGCACGCGGUGUUAUCGGUCCCAAUAGAAGCCAACCAAGGAGAUGUACUGAGCGUCAUUGUGGAGAACAUGGGCAGAACGAACUUCGGCAAGAAGAACCACGAUCCGAAGGGAAUACUCUCCAGCGUCACAUUGGACAGGACGGUCCUGAUCAACUGGACCAUGGUGGGCGUGCCAAUAGAAAGCGUGGACAACGUCAAGACGAUCGCAAGUCUGGCGGGGCUCAGCCUUCGCACCGGGGUCCCACGCUUCUUCGUCGCAUACUUCCAUCUCUUCGAGGGAGAGACACCUAAAGACACCUUUUUGGACCCCACCGGCUUCGUGAAGGGAGUGGCUUUCGUGAACGGCAUCAACCUGGGCCGUUACUGGCCCGGCAGGGGACCUCAGGUGACUUUGUUCGUGCCCGCGUCGUACCUGCAUCCUCAUCCACGCGAGAACACUAUCAUGUUACUCGAGAUGGAAGGCACCACCGGCGUCUUCCUCAGCGUGAACCUCGUGAGCGAGCCGAAGUUGGACGGGCCUUUGUAA